AUGUUCCCAGACCAGUGUAUUUCCCUUUUCGCCCUGCUGGCAGUGGCAUUGGCAGCUACCCAGGCAGAUACCUCUGUUUCUCCUGUGUCUAGUUCUGUGUCUGUGUCUAGUUCUGUAUCCAGUUCUAUCUCCAGUGCUGCCUCCAAUUCUACUACCUCUACUACCUCUACUCCGAGUACAACCCCAACCCCAGCACCCACUCGAAGCCAGCCCUCGCCCACCCAUGGCUCAUUCAGCGGCACACCGACAACAUCCGGCGCUCUAAGCGCUACUCAAGUCGGCACCAGCAUCUCCGUCGGCACCCCUGAGCCCAGUGCUACAACGUACUCGAACGACGGGAACAUGCACGACGCCCAGCCUGCGCCGUAUGUGCCAGCCGGGGGAGUCGGACUGAAUACCACGCCUGUGUAUAAUGUCAAGAGUGACUUUGACUAUCAAUCUCUGGCACUGGCCCUAUACCAAGAAUGGAUCGAACUCGACCUCUUCCGUUUCGGCCUGGCGCAGUUCAACACCAGCGACUUUGAAGCCGCGGGCCUGUGCAGCGACGACCGCUAUCUCAUCGAAUUCAUGGCGGAGCAAGAAAUCGGCCACGCGACCAUGCUUAGCAACAUCCUGGGAGACCCUGCACCUGCACAAUGCACAUACAACAACUACCCAUUCACAGACGUCCUCGGCUUUGUCAAUUUCACUCAAAGGCUUACCCGAGUUGGCGAGUCCGGCACAUAUGGGUUUCUGCCACAUCUCGACUCCCGUGAAGCCGCGCAGUUGCUGCUAGGCGCUGUGUCGACCGAGGCGCGACAGCAGAUGAUUUUUAGGCAGUUUGGCGGCCUGUUCCCCAUGCCCGUGUGGUUCGAAGUCGGUAUUCCGCAGUCGUGGGCAUGGACGCUGCUGGCGCCGUAUAUCAGUUCGUGUCCAGCGAACCAGACGCGUCUCGUGUGGCAGAAUUUCCCAGCGUUGAAUAUCUCCACAGGCAACAACUCUAGUGACGCGUGCGCAUGCGCAACUGACAAUGGUGAUAAUACAAUGCCAGCAAUUACACACAACCGCAGUAUCCCGCUCUCCCAGCCCGGGCAACAGGUAAAUCUAACGUGGGACAGCCCCGGGCAGGCCAUUGGCCCAAACAACAGCUACACGACAUCCACAUCGGCCGGUAAGCCAGCGUACGUCGCCUGGGUGACGCAGUUAAACGUGACGUACUCAAAUCUCACGCUCAAUGCCGGCGGCGGCAGUGCGUCGACUUCGGGGUACACGAUUCAGCCAGACUUGCAAACGUACGAGGGGGAUCCGGCGGUUAAUGGGACUAUGUUUGUGGCUGUGACGGAUGAUGAUCCAGUGCUGACCCCGUUUAAUUUGAGUUUGAUUAAUGCGCAUGUCGUUGCGGGGCCGGCUUUGUACCAGGCUGCAGCUCCGACGUCAGAAUCCACAUCAACACUCAAACAUUCAAAAAACCAUCCCCAAUCCAACCUUUACAGAAUGGCACAAAACCGUAAGCAGCGUCGCGCUGCCGCCGCAGCUGCAGCCGAAUCCGCAGCAGACAUCCCACUCAAACACCCGCCUCCCGCAAGCGAAUCCCGAAAGAGCAGCAACAAAACCCUCCUCGAAAUCGCCGCCGAACGCCAGGGCCAACAGAUCCGUCAUUCCGGAAAGCAACAGCAACAAGAAAAUGCAAAGCUAUUCGAUAUGGAUGCAAAAGAGACACAGUUUAUUCAGAUCUCGCCGGAGGGCGGAGUAUCGCAGUUUGACCCGCAAGAACAUAAUCGUCAACAACGACAACAAGAAGAAAACGAAGAAGAAGAAGGAGGAGAUGCAUCGCUACCGCCCGUAAUAGACACACUGCUACUCUCCACACCGUUGACGACGCUGCAUCUCACACUGGCAUUUUUGGCCGCACACCAAUACGCACAAUUCGUUCCCCUGGGCGCGCUUGCGUGGGAGUCUUGUUUCGUCGCGUUUCCAGUAUUGACCCUCUGCAUACAUUUCGCGCAUGGGCAUAUCGUCUCCUUCAGGCCCAAAACCAAGCCAAAGUCAAACCCAGAAAUAAAUGGUCUAUGGGACCUAUUCUUCGGCCGACCCUCGUCCAAAACGUUUGUCUUCUUACCGCUGGCGAUCUAUCUGGGCGUGUAUUUAAUGCGACUCACAAAUGAACAGGGGUACUAUGCAAUCAUGAAGCGCGCACCCAGUAUCGGCACAAUGUGGGUGUGGUGUGUGCUGGAGAUGUCGCCGGUGGCAGGGCUGUUGGCGUUUUUGGCGCCGUUGGGGUGGGGGGUUGGGUAUAUGGGGUAUGCCAUUUUUUAA